UUAUUGCCAUCUUUAUUUUUUUAUAAAUAUAAUUAUUAAUUUUUCAGUCUUAGCCAGAACCUUCCAAUUUCUCCAAUAUGCGAUAAAACUAAUCCCUACCCAUUAUCAAGAUCAAUACAAGCAGUGAUCGAUUGCUUUCAAUUAUACUUAGUGGAGGGUCAUACUUUUUCUUUUUUUAGUUCAACAUUUGCCUAUAAAAAGAAGAAAUUGCCAUGACAUUUAUGGUGUGAGUUCAAGAAUAAUAUUUCUCAGCAGAAGAAGAAGAAGAUAAACAAAUAGUUACCUAUCACUAUUAUUCUUUCUUUCUUAUUCAAGAUUUUGGCACUCUUUUUCUCUGUUCAAAGUUGAAUCAUGGAUGAAAAGAUGAGUUGGGCUGUUUCUGAUGCUGUAGAUUACAAAGGUUUUCCUGCUGACAGAUCUAAAACUGGUGGUUGGGUGCCUGCUGCUCUUGUUUUAGGGAUUGAAUUAUGUGAGAGGCUUUCAACCAUGGGAAUAGCUGUGAAUUUGGUGACAUAUUUGAUCGGAACAAUGCAUUUGCCUAGUGCAACUUCUGCUAAUACUGUCACAGACUUUAUGGGCACGUCUUUUCUCUUAUGUUUGCUUGGAGGCUUUCUUGCCGAUUCUUACCUUGGCCGAUUCAAAACUAUUGCAAUAUUCGCUCUCGUACAAACACUCGGAACCGGGAUGUUAGCUGUAAUAACUAAGCUACCACAGCUACAGCCACCUCCAUGCAAAACUAAUAAUGAUGAGUGUGUACAAGCAAAUGGAUUCCAAAUGGGAAUUCUAUAUCUAGCUCUAUACCUAAUUGCACUAGGAACUGGAGGCUUAAAAUCAAGUGUCUCAGGAUUCGGAACUGAUCAAUUCGACGAAAAAGACGAAAAGGAGAAAUCUCAAAUGACAUAUUUCUUCCACCGAUUCUUCUUCUUAAUCAGCAUAGGAACUCUGCUUGCUGUUACAGUGCUGGUUUAUAUUCAAGAUGACGUCGGUCGAAGCUGGGGCUACGGAAUUUGUUCCAUCUCAAUGUUUACUGCCGUAAUGAUAUUCCUGUACGGCACGAAAAGAUACAGAUACAAGAAAAGCUCAGGGAGCCCCAUAGUUCAUAUUUUUCAAGUUAUUGUUGCUGCUAUUAAGAAAAGAAACUUGGAUUUGCCGUACGAUAUUAGCUUGUUGUUUGACAAUUCUCCUGAGGUGUCAAGAAUCCAGCACUCCCAACAAUUCCACUUCCUGGACAAGGCAGCUAUAGUUGCAGAAGGAGAUUUCGAAAACGGCGGUUCUACGAAUCCGAAUCCGUGGAAAUUAUGCUCGGUGACGAGGGUCGAAGAAGUGAAGAUGAUGGUGAGAAUAUUGCCAAUUUGGGCGACAACUAUUUUAUUUUGGACCACAUAUGCACAGAUGAUCACAUUCUCGGUUGAGCAAGCUUCCACCAUGGAAAGAUCAGUCGGAAGCUUUCAGAUUCCGGCGGGCUCUCUGAAUGUCUUCUUUGUUGCUGCUAUUUUAAUUUCACUUGCUGCCUACGAUCGUAUCAUCAUGCCUCUUUGGAAGAAAUGGACAGGCAAACCAGGUUUCUCGAGCCUACAAAAGAUAAGCAUUGGACUAGUUCUAGCAACAAUGGGAAUGGCUGCAGCAGCUUCAAUCGAAACGAAGCGUUUAUCAGUGGCAAAAUCAGUCGGCGACAGCACAGAAGCCCUACCCAUAAGCGUAUUCUUCUUAGUACCACAGUUCUUCUUAAUCGGUGCAGGCGAAGCAUUCAUUUACACAGGCCAACUCGAUUUCUUCAUAACUCAAUCACCAAAAGGAAUGAAAACGAUGAGCACCGGUCUCUUCCUCACCACGCUUUCGCUCGGUUUCUUCAUCAGUAGCUUCUUGGUUAUGGUGGUGAAGCGAGUUACAGGAACCAACGGUGGUCAAGGAUGGUUGGCUGAUGAUAUAAACCAUGGUCGCCUUGAUUGUUUCUAUGGCCUUCUUGCAGUUCUUGAAUUUAUAAAUUUUGGUGUCUAUCUGAUCUGUGCUUUAUGGUACAAACCGAGAAAUAAUGAUAAAUCUGGAGGUUUGCAGAUGGAGAAUGUUGGUAAUGGAUCUUUAGCUGAAGACAAAUGCUAGCUAAAGAUCUGAGAGUCGUUAAUCUAAUUAGGGUUUGGUUCAGUUGGUGUACAUUAUUAAUAAUUUGGGUUUGGUUGCUUCUUAUAUUAUUGCUUUCUUGUAAUCUAGGAUAAAAUCGAGUGGCUUGAAAUUUCAAUAUAAAGUUUGUCUCA